AUGCGUGAGAUACUGCAUAUUCAGGUUGGUCAGUGUGGAAACCAGAUCGGGCGCAAGUUCUGGGAAGUGAUCUCCGAGGAGCAUGGGGUCGACGCCCAAGGCUUCUAUCACGGCGACUCGGAGCAGCAGCUCGAACGGAUCAGCGUCUACUACAACGAGGCUAGCACUGGUCGCUAUGUCCCGCGAGCGGUGCUCGUUGACCUUGAGCCAGGGACGAUGGACGCAGUGCGCGCUUCCGAGUACGGUACGCUUUUCCGGCCCGAUAACUUUGUCUACGGUCAGUCCGGUGCUGGGAACAACUGGGCGAAGGGUCACUACACAGAAGGUGCUGAGCUUGUUGACGCAGUGAUGGAUGUUGUUCGUAAGGAGUGUGAGAGCUGCGAGUGUCUGCAGGGAUUUCAGGUUACGCACUCUCUCGGCGGCGGCACUGGUUCCGGCCUUGGGACGCUGCUUAUCAGCAAGAUUCGCGAGGAGUAUCCCGAUCGGAUGAUGUGCACAUACAGCGUGAUGCCGUCCCCAAAAGUGAGUGAUACUGUUGUGGAACCGUACAAUGCAACGCUUUCGAUCCAUCAACUUGUCGAGAACGCUGAUGAGGUAUUCUGCAUUGACAAUGAGGCACUCUACGAUAUUUGCCAGCGCACGCUGAAACUGACGAAUCCAUCAUACGCGGACCUGAACAAGCUGGUUUCCGGUGUGAUGAGUGGAAUCACCUGUUCCCUUCGGUUCCCUGGCCAGCUCAACUCAGAUUUGCGCAAAUUGGCUGUCAAUCUCAUUCCCUUCCCGCGCUUACACUUCUUCUCGGUCUCCUUGGCGCCUCUGACGGCAACUGCAAGCACUGCAUACCGUCACCUGUCUAUUGCGGAUCUGACGCAACAAAUGUUUGAUGCGAAGAACCAGUUUGUGGCCUGUGAUCCACGCCAGGGUCGUUACCUCACAGCAGCGGCUUACUUCCGCGGCUCGCGUAUCUCGACCAAAGAUGUCGAUGAGCAGAUGAGCAUGGUGCAGAGCAAGAACUCGGCGUACUUUGUCGAGUGGAUUCCGCACAAUAUCAAGAGCUCCGUGUGCGGCGUUCCACCGAAGGGUCUCGAUAUGUCCUGCGUGUUCGUCGGCAACACGACUGCCGUGCAAGAGAUCUUCAAACGGGUCGGGGAGCAGUUCUCUGCCAUGUUCCGGCGCAAAGCUUUCCUUCAUUGGUACACAGGCGAAGGCAUGGAUCCCAUGGAGUUCACAGAAGCAGAGAGCAAUAUGAAUGACCUCGUAAGCGAGUACCAACAGUACGAGCAGGCCGUAGCAGAGGACGAAGAUGAAGACGUUGAGCAGGAGUUUGGAGCCUACAGAACUGGCGAAGAGGACAGAACAGCUAUCGAAAGCUCGAUCAUGAGUUAA